CAUGGAUAAGAAGAGAAUGCUUUCCCUGGGACUUGUAUCAAUAUUGCUUCUUCUAGUCAGCCUAGAACAAAAUGUGACCCCUUACUCACUGGAUAACUGUGAGAUCCAUGACAAUGCAGAAAACGAAACGAAAGUUUUGUGCUACCACAGAAACCUGAGUGAAGUCCCAGCUCAUCUGCCAAGCAAACUUUUUUUCCUGGAUUUGUCUGAGAACAGAAUUGCAAGUCUGAGGAAGAACAGCUUCAGCAAUCUGAUUCGCAUGCAUGUUCUGAAUAUAUCUCAGAACCAAAUUCAUCACAUUGAAGAAGGUACUUUCACCAACACAGGUCAAUUGGAGAUUUUGAACCUCACCGAGAAUCAGCUCCACCUUAUCUCCAGUCUCAUGUUUGCUGGGCUCACAAACAUCUCUACCCUGCUGCUUGGUAACAAUCAAAUAGACAAGAUCGAGACAUCUGCCUUUGUCCAUUUGGAGAAAUUAAAGGUAAUUGAUCUAUCUUCAAACAGAUUGCAUGCCCUGAAUGCCAUGGACGCUAUGUUUAACAUGGACUCUUUGGAGAAGUUGCACAUCAAGGACAAUGACUUGCAAAACUUCUCAACAAAAGAGAUUGUGAGUGUACCUCUGAUGCUUCAUGAACUGGAUGCAUCCCAUAACCCAAUUUCUUUCCUUGAUGUUUCAACUCCAGUUUUAUUGCAAGAACUAGAUCUUGGGGAGAAUACUUUGAAAAUGAUCAAGGGACCUUUCUCAGCAAGUCUGCAGAUGCUGAAAACUUUGAUACUGAGGCAAAAUAAAAUGGAUCAUAUAAACAAAGGAAUUUUUAGGAAUCUUGCAUCUCUGCAGCUCCUUAAUCUGGCAGAUAAUCAGAUUGUCACAAUAAAACCAGGAGCCUUUGAAGGUUUGAGUAACCUGCAGUCUCUUAUUCUUGGAAGCAACAAGAUCACCAAGGAGACUUUUCACAAAGGCGUCUUUCAAGGUGCAAGCUCUUUGGAAGACCUUGAACUAUUUAACAAUUACAUGAGUUAUGAAUCUUCUCAAAAACUUGCCUAUCCACCUUUUUACCUUUUAAAGUCAUUAAAGAAACUACAAAUAAACAGCCAACGUCAUGAUGGACUUCAGAAUUUUCCAGUUAAUUUCCUGAAAGGGUUAGAGUCCAUUAUACAAAUUCAUGCAGGCAACCUAGCUAUCUCUUCUUUGGAUUCAGAUACUUUUAAGUAUACACCUACUCUUCAAGAACUUGAUUUGAGCAACAACAAUCUUAACUCCAUUAACGCCACACUGUUUGUGCCUUUAUCAAACCUGAAAGAACUCCAUCUCAACAAAAAUGGACUAAAUUCCCUCAGCUUUGUUUCUCAAGUAAACUUUUCGAGGCUGACGCUUUUAAGAUUAGCUGGGAACCAAAUAGACAUUAUCACAAGAGAGCAAAUAAAGGCUUUGUCUCAACUCCUUUUUCUAGAUCUCAGGAACAAUCCUUUCACCUGUUGCUGCAGUAACCAAGACUUCCUCAGAUGGUCACCAAUGAAUCCUAAAACUCAGGUCCUCCAUUUCUCUGAUUACACCUGUGCCUCCCCUCCUGCCUAUAAAGAGAAGAAACUGCGGACCUUCAAGACAUCCUCUUGCACUGCUAACCAUGACUUUAUCCUGUAUAUUAUCAACACAGCUGCAAUCAUUUUACUGAUGCUUGUUAGCUUCUGUUGUCAGUGGAGAUGGCACAUGGUCUACACUUACCAUCUAUUGCUUGCAUAUUUUAUUGACAAGAAGCAAAAAAGGAAGGGUCAAGAUAUGGAGUACAAUUACGAUGCUUUUGUUUCCUACAACACUUGUGAUGAAAAAUGGGUGAUGAAUUACCUCCUGCCAGUGCUAGAAAACCAGUAUAGUUGGAAGCUCUGUCUCCAUCACCGAGACUUUGAGCCAGGGCGAUUCAUUCUGGAAAACAUCGUGGACAACAUCUAUAGUAGCCGAAAGACCAUCUGUGUAAUAAGUCGCCACUACCUAGAAAGUGAGUGGUGCUCCAAGGAGAUCCAGGUGGCAAGCUUUCGCAUCUUCGAUCAGCACAAGGAUGUCUUGAUCCUCAUUUUCCUGGAGGACAUUCCCUGUGAGUAUCUGUCACCCUAUCACAGGAUGAGAAGACUGAUAAAGAAGAAAACUUACCUCAAAUGGCCCCAGGAAGAGCGGGAAAUCCCACUGUUUUGGCAUAAGCUUAAUACGGCAAUGAAAACUGGGGAAGAAAAAGAAGAGGAGCAUCCUAUUGUGGCUGGAAUUGUUUCUGAUGAAAUUCUAUAAAGAUUUUAUUGGCAGAGGAGUUGGGUAGAGAAUAAGUGGUCCACCAGUGGCUGUUGGACUGUUGCCAGCAUCAGUCCCAGCUAAUAUAGCCAGUGGUGACCCCUGAUGGGAAUUAAUAGUCCAAAAAUAUUAAAGAUAUAAAAAAUGUUCACAAAUGUUCUUAUUCUCAAUUAAAAAGGUUAAACAGGGUCAAUUGCCAUAAGAUUUAUUUUAAGUGCACUUUUAUUACGUUUUUGUGCAGAAACAGUAUAUUCUGUACAAAAAUGAAAGCCUUUCUGAGCAAAUGAGAUUUCUCACUAAAUUGUCUCCAAAAUGAAAACUCAGUCAAAAGUGUUUAGAAUCUUGCUCAGAAGAGAGGCAACUUUUGAAAAUCCUUGUUCUUGCAUUUAAGCAUGAAAUAAGCAAAAAUUAACAUCCUGACUAGACACUCUCAAUUCCUGAUCCACAGUAUCUUUGAUCUUCACAAUACUAUAUACUGUAUAUGAGCAUUAGGAAGACACCACUUCAACAAUCACUGAUAACCAUAAGUGCUGUCUGAUUCUAUCAGAUAUCUUUGAUAAGGCUAAUUCUAGUGGAGGCUUUUACUUCAUGAAAAAAACAGAUGCAAGAAUAUAUUGUUAACAAAUUUGUCUUGAAAUGCAACACUCUUAUUGAUUUGCUUUCUGUGGCAUACUGAACACAUACAAAUUGAAUAUGGGGUUUUCCUUUUGAUAUUUUGCUUCAUCACAUACUUCAAGUGAAGGUCAUUAAAAGACCUAGAAGCAAAACUUUAAAGCUGUUUCUCUGCAUCUUUAUGUGGAAGAUCUUACACUUGAUAAGUGUGCAGAAUGCACUUCUCUACAGAUUCACCUAGAAGCAAUA